CCAACCCGUCCUCAAGUGUUCAAAUAAAGGGCAAACAGCCCAAUCUCGCAACCCUCGACAUAACCUAACCCAAACGCCCCACUUAUCUUCUCUCUGCUCUCUGUAUCAAAAUUUCUCAGAUUUAAUUAUCCGAGCGAGUCACUAGCAAUGGCGCCGCCGUCCAAAUCGUUGGCUAAUCAGACCCAUGGACAUGGCCUCGGCGGAGAUCCGCCGCGCGAAAACCCGCCGUCGAACAAUUUGUGGAUCGGCAACGUAUCUCCCGAUGUUAGUGAAACGGAGUUGAAAUCGUUGUUCGAAAAGUACGGCAAGGUCGACAGCGUGAGCGCGUACUCGUCCCGCAACUAUGCGUUCAUUUAUUUUAAGGAGGUCGAUUGCGCGAAAUCUGCUAGGCAGGCUCUCCAGGGGCAUUUCCUUCGUGGAAAUUCGUUAAAAAUUGAGUUUGCGAAACCGGCUAAACCAUGUAAAAGUUUGUGGGUGUCUGGAAUAAGUCAAUCCAUUUCAAGGGAGGAAUUGGAGAAAGAGUUUCUCAGAUAUGGUAAAAUCCAGGAAUUUAAAUUCCUUAGAGAGAGAAACAGUGCAUGUGUUGAUUAUAUUGGGUUGGAAGAUGCUAUUCAGGCAUUAAAAAAUAUGAACGGAAAAAGAAUUGGUGGUUCUCAGUUACGUGUGGACUUCCUUAGGUCUCAACCUCCUAGAAGAGAGAUGGAUCCAGAUGCAAAGGAAGGCCAUUUUCCCAGUAGGAACAUGGUACCAUUUGACUUCCGCAGGAUGGGACAAGAUCCUGUGAACAGUUAUGUUGACCCAAGUCUUUUGGGGUCCAAAAGGACAAAUCCCUUUGUCCCAAUGGGGUCACAAUAUGGUGAUGCAAUAGCGAGCAAAGUCCUGUGGAUCAGAUAUCCUCCUUCCGUUAUCCUCGAAGAUGACAUGCUGCAUAAUGCCAUGAUUUUGUUUGGCGAGAUCGAGAGGAUAAAGACAUAUAGUGACAAAAAUUAUGCCUUUGUAGAAUUCAGAAGUGUUGAUGAAGCCAGGCGGGCAAAAGAGGGACUACAGGGCAAACUAUUUAAUGAUCCUAGGAUUUUAAUCGACUAUUUCAGUGAUGAAUUUCCUGGCAUGAGCCCAUUUCAACCAGUUCAGAUGGAUCUGCUUGGUCAUAACCACCCUAUUUUACUGGGAAAUAAUCCUGGCCGUCCAUCACCUCGUGGAAUUCAUGGACCUGAUCUAUAUACUAGGCCACCUGUUGGUUCUCAUGGACCUGAACAUGUUGACUUAUCUUCUGUUUCUAAGUUGCAGAACCAUAGUUCCCAAACUCUAAUGGGAGGGCCUGCUUGGAGAAGAUUUUCUCCCACCCGUGGCUUACUAUCCUCUCCUUCAGCAAGUUUUAUACCAAACAGGUCAGCACCAUGGGAUGUUUCUGAUGCUACCCAACUUCAAAGAGAAUCUAAAAGAUCAAGGCUUGAUGCUUCUCUGCCUCCUGAAAGAACCAAGCAUUUUAGUCCACAGUCACUACGAAGUGGUGGAGCUUCUGGUGUUUUGACCAGAAGCGCAAUUGGCGGGCAUGGUCCGCGUCUUACUGAAAGUGAUUACAUAUGGCGGGGUCUUAUUGCAAAAGGUGGAACGCCUGUUUGUCGUGCCAGGUGUGUCCCUGUUGGAGAUGGGCUUGGAGCUGAUAUUCCCGACAUAGUUCUUGAAGUUGAUGGGCCCGAAAGGCUGUACGGAGUAGUUCUGAAGUUUCCCCAGAUAGCGCCUGGUAGUCCAUCUUUAAAUCCUCACAAUAUAUCUGCUCCUUACACUGAUCCACCCAGAAGGCCCACUCCGCAAAGGGGAUAUGAUGCUCUUGCCCCAGAGGAAAGGGGCCCACACUUGGAUAACUCUAGGGUUUUGCCCGAAGAUUUCAAAUUGCCUCCUAAAGCUCCUAUUCCUGUGACCAGCCAUGUUGUUCCACCUACCACAGUUUCACCUCCAGCUAGUUUAAGCUUAACUCCCGAACUUAUUGCUACUCUAACUUCUUUGCUCCCUGCGAAUAAUAAUACUCCACAAGCCUCCUCAUGUUUACCCCAGGCACCUUCCAAUGUUGUUUUGGGUGUUGACACAAACACAUCCCAUUGGAAGCAUGAAAACCAGGCUCAAGUCCACAAUGGCCAGUUUUUGCAACCACAGGGUUGGCCAAUGCAACACCCCCAGGCAAGUCAAGCUCAAGCUCAAGCUCCUCCUCCUGGCCAAUUUCAUCAAGAAUUGAAUCCCUAUAGACAACACCACACUGGCGACUUCACAUCUCAAGGUGGCUCUUCAUCGAGAUUGAUGCCUCCCAUAAUUUCAAUGCAAAGAGGACCAGCCCCAGUGGCAGCACCGGAGAUCAACCAGCAAUAUCAACAUGGGAAUAAUCUUCAGGAUGUUUUUAGGGGUCAAGGAAUAGAAACUGGAGCAGACUCUCUGAAGCCGUCCUUUAAUUUCCCGCAGCAGAUGUAUCCUGUGCCAUUAUCCAAUCAGAUGCAUGCGAAUGCAUCUUCCCAGCCCUAUGUUCCUCCGCAGCCUUCUGAAGUGGAGCUUGUGCAUCAUCAAAGCCAGCCGGCGCUUCAGACUGCUCCAUUUGGGGUGGCGCAGGAAAAUGCUGAAACCGAGGCUGAUAAGAAUGAGCGGUACAAGACAACACUGUUGUUUGCAGCCAAUCUCCUGUCCAGAAUACACCAGCCAUCAGGUCCUAAGUAUUUCAGAGCCAUCUUCCGCUCCUGGAACACUACCAAAGUGUUUCAAGGGUGGGGUUCAGAGCAGGAAAUGCCUAAAAAGUCAAGUCUCUACGAGUUGCAAUAAUGUCAAUCCCUUCAAGGCCUAUGCAGUUUUUUCGCUUUUCGGUGGUUCGACCAGUGAAUGCUUUCGUGUUAAAUAAUUUGUUAUUUCUUUGAACUUCAUUUAAUGACUGUUUGUUGUAGGAUAAAAUUAUAUGUUUUGCAGCAGUGAUUUAUUAUCUUCGUUUUAUCUUUUAUUGGAUAUAGGCAUUGCCUCCGUGGUUAUUUAUUCUAUUAAAA